UACGGAGAUCUGAGAUUGGCAGAGGUAGCGUGGAGUUGCGGGUCCCGCUCCCUUUAGUGAAAACGAACCGGGCUGAUUGGGAACAGCAGCCGCAGUGGCAGCUGGAACGCAAGGAGUGUGCCGCGCCCUUUCAGCUCCUCCUCUCGGUGGAUCUUUGCGCGCAGGUAACGAGCGCUGAAACUACCGGAAGCAGCCGGAAAGUCCCAGUAGAGGCGACUGCAACUUUAUUCCCCGCUUUAAACGUUGUCGGUACAAGAAGAAGCGGCGUAGAACUCAGUGACACAGCGCCGUUUCUUUAGGAUUUCGCCCCACUUCUUUUUUGUUGUUGUUUUUUUUUUCUUCCAGCGCGCCGGACGCGUUCAGAGCGCGCAGGUGAUCUCCGAUGUAGAUACAGCGAUCAACAGCAUUGUUUAACCACUGAAUGUAAUCUGAACUGGAUAUACCUGACGGACACGUUCACGGGCGCAGACACAAGACGUCCUUAAUGCUGUUGGGGACACCUAAGGGAGUAAAGGCUCGGGACUUCAAACUGGAUCCCGCUAGUCAUCCUUCCAGCUGAUGGCGAGCCGACCUCCAAGCCACUGAAGAAGACAGCUUUAAACACCUCCCUAAUCUUUGGUCUCUGCUGCCUCUCUACAAAGCGGCCAUCUUUUUCAAGUCUUCUCUAACUCCGCAUUCUCCAGUGAUUUCAUCAUGGGUUCUGACUCUUCUGCUGGAUGCUUCACCAACGAAAGUGUCAAUUUUUUUUAUAUGAAUAGCAACAAGAACAUCAGUAACGUUUGGCGCAAACGGGACUAUGCUGUGGUCACUUUGGGCAUGCUCGUCUGCUUCAUAGUUAUUUUUUCAAACCUUUUGGUCAUAGGAGCCAUUAUCAAAAACCGACGCUUUCACUUCCCCAUCUACUACCUGCUGGGAAAUCUGGCAUUUUCAGACCUCUUCUCAGGUGUCUCCUACCUCCACUUGAUGUUUCACACUGGGCCCUGGACCAUUAAGUUAUCUACUUACCAGUGGUUUGUUCGUCAAGGGCUAAUCGACACCAGCCUUACAGCGUCCGUCCUCAACCUUCUUGCUGUGGCCAUGGAGCGACACCAGACCAUCUUCAACAUGCAGUUGCACAGCAAGAUGAGCACUCGACGGGUUUUUAUCAUCAUAUUGUCAAUCUGGAUGAUUGCAAUAUUUAUGGGUCUUUUUCCCACCAUGGGAUGGAACUGUAUGUGUGACCUGGAGAGAUGCUCCACCAUGGCCCCCCUCUACAGCCGCAGCUUUCUGGUUUUCUGGGCUGUUCUCAACCUGGUGACUUUCUCCAUAAUGGUGGCCGUUUACACCCGCAUCUUCCUCUAUGUGAGGCGCAAGAGCAGGCAGAUGUCGGAGCACACGACCCAGACCAGACACAAAGAGACCGUACUCAGCUUGAUGAAGACCGUGUCAUUGAUCUUAGGCCUCUUCGUGCUCUGCUGGACACCCGGUCUUGUUCUACUGAUGCUCGACGGUCUCGACUGCGAGAAGUGCAAUGUGCUGCAGUACGAGAAGUACUUCCUGGUGCUGGCCGAGUGCAAUUCUUUCGUCAACCCCAUCGUCUACUGCUUCAGGGACAAAGAUAUGAGAAGGAGCUUCAAGGAGCUGCUGUGCUGUUUGUGCCCCCGGAGGAGUGGCAGAUCUGAGAGAAACUUUACCACCCUUGAGAAUUCGAGGCUUCAGACCAUCCGGAAGGUAGAGGAGUGCAACGGGUCGUCUCUCCUGGAUCACGAUUCGGAAGUCGUCGUUGACAAACAAUAGUGUGACUCCAGCGUGACCGAAGCACCCCCCUGAAAAUGAUGUCUGCUGACGUUUCUAGGCUUUAAAGCAGACGGCCCCAAAGGUCUUUGUCUCAGACCAACAGACUGGCAUGAAUUCGAAGCAACUUUCUUCUUCUUUUUUUUUUUCCCCCCUAAGAGACCGAGCUUAUACUAUGCUAUAUUAUCCCGUCUGUUUUGAACAUGAACUACAGUUUGAUUUAUCUUCGUAGACAAUUAUCUGUGGAUUUUUGUUGCCGUUCUAAUUGUAUAUUCCCCCAAAGAGAUGAAGACAGACCCAUUGGAGCAGUGUGAUGUUCGCUGAGGAAGUAAAAACUACAAGGACAAUUACAAAGAUGGCCGUUUUGUCACGGAUCAACGCGAGCUAAGUCCUGCCACUCUGUGUCUGCUUCGGCUGCUACAUCAACUCGUCGUUCUCUCUUCCCGUAAUUUAGAAGCACAUUAUUGCUAAUGUUAAAAAAAAAAAAAAAAAUCUGUUCAACACAUUUAGUACUUAAUCUCUGCACAUUGAUACAAAUUUGGGAUUUAAAGUCAGAGAUCACUUAAAACGAGAAAUGUCGCCACAGCGCAAAGCCUCCGGACAUCACGAACCGAACCGAUCCGCCUUCCUCUGGCUGGAAGUGCCGCAUUGUUUUCUGCUUCUUCUAAUGCAACAAAAAAAAAGAAAAAGGGCAGCUGAAUGUUUGCAAUACAGCUAAGAAAUCAAAUGUUUGUUUGCACUUGAGAUUAUUUUGUAAGCCAUAAACUGUAAAUAGUAAAAGUUGUAACUUAUCAAUUUUUUUUUUUUUGCACCAAAAUCUGUCUUUUGAACCGUCUCAUGCUGUGUUGAAUAUGUGCAGGUAUCUGUUAAUCGAGCGUUUUGAUUGCCAAGCUGUGUAGCUUACGUUUUCAGACAGAUUUGCCUCUUUUAAGGAGCACCAACGCGAUAGAAGGGUAGAAUUUGGUUUCUUCAGAACUGUAAAUGUUUGUUUUAUGAAUUAUAACUGUUUUUAUUUUUAUUUUUUCAGGUUAAAAUUAUUUUUGAUUGGAAUCCCUGGCAAGGUUUUUUUAUUCCAAGUGUAGCUGCAAAACUUGUUCCAAGCUUAGCAAAAAUGUUUGUCUGUUUCUGCUCGCAUUUUAACAAUGAAAUUAAUUAGAAUUGCAGAUUCAAGUGUUUUUUUAUACAUAUGUAUUUGUCCGAAAUAGAUAUUUUAGGAGCUAUAUUUUAUUUUUAAUUUUAACAAAUGCCCUUCCCCCCACCCAUGCAUGUAAUUUGUUUCAUGUCUUUUCAUGGUGAAGCUGCAAAGUUGAAUGUCUUUUAUUGGGAUUUUAUGUGAUAGAUCAACAAAAAGUAGUUCAACAUUGUGGUGUGGAAUGCACACGUUAUGGUUUUCAAUUAUUUUUUUUUUUUUUUGUGUGUGAUUUGCAUUAGCAUUCAGCUCCCCUGAGUCAAAACUUUGGAUAACUACAAUUCAUUGCUAUUAAUGCAGCAGGUCUUUUGGGAUCAUUUUCUUUCAGCUUUAGAAAUCUUUACCCAUUCUUUGCAAACAAACGUAUGCUCAGUUACAUUGGCUUAUCGUCUUUGAUGAUAAUUAUUAUGGUUUUCUCGUUUCUGCCGUUCAAGAAAGCUCUGAUUUUGGGGGGUGAACCACUGAUAGUUGGGUUGUCAACAGGUUAACUUACACCAUGAUCAGAUGACUUGUGGAGGCAAUUUGUUGCUGUUCAUUUAAUUUAGGGAAGCAUGCCACACAUUUUUUGUUUUUUUAUAUUUAUUGGCAAAAAUGUUGAAGACAGUGCGUGACAUUCCUUCCAUUACAUGUUUGACUUUGGGUUGGUUCACCAUAAAAUCCCAGUAAGAUCUUUUAAAGCUAGGUAACUUGUGGAAAUGUUCGGUGGGGUGUGAAUACUUUUUUAGUCGACUGUGUUUGAGUUUCACUUUUUUAAAGUUUUUUUUAUAUAUAUAUAAAAAGCUAAUAAAUUGGCUUGAUGACUCCAUGUGCUUUUUAAUAAUUACAGGCCACCUCGAGAUUUUGUUGCCGAGUUUAUGCGCAAUGUGUCUUUGUAAAUAUUUAGAUUUAAAACUUUGUAAAGGGACGAUUUAAGGUGAUCCGUGCUCAGAAGCAGUCAUGCCAGAAGCAGCUUGGCUUUAUGCAAAAAUCAAACAAAUGUUGCUUUUAUUGUUAAUGCCAUUCUGUGGCGCACCCAGGGCUAGUAAGACAACAAAUUAAGGUUGAUUGUAUUUAAUAUCAAGUGAAACUGACAUUUACAUGUGAAUCACCCACAAAGUUUAUAGCUUUAACCAUCUCCUUUGUCUGUUUCAUCAGUGAUAAUGUCAUUAAAAACUUGAAAUACA